AUGGAGAAAAUCUGUGGGCCGUGGCCUCGAGUUCGUCUGAGGCAUCCAAGUUGUUUGGUGGUUUCAGUGGGACGGUUGCGGAUAGCAAUGGGGAGAGGUUCGCGCGGGAGCUUCAUUUGUGGUUUUGCAAUUGGUGCAGUUGUCGAUCUUCAUAAUGCAGGGUUGAGUAGUCAAUUUCCGUUCAUUGGUUAUGUCAAAUUACCGUCAGGGGCGAUACAUUACUGA